UAAAAUGUAUAUAUUGGUGAUACUGCAUCUUGAUGCAAAGUGAAAAUCAUUUAUUGCGACUGCUGAAGAAAGAAAUCUGAGUGAGCAAAAUGUUCAAAAAGAAGAAAGAGAAGAGACCCAACAUUUCGCAGCCGUUCAAUUUUGAGCAACGGGUGGCUGUGAAAGAAGACAGAAACACAAAGACCUUCAUCGGUUUGCCGAAGGAAUGGAAUCAAAUAAUAGACAAUGCCCCCAUCACCCAUGACUCAUCAAAUAGACGACAAGGCUUCGCUGAUCCUUCACAAAUUACACCAUGUGAAAUAGUGCAACCCGUAAAAACCAUAGUUGUGGGUAAAAACUCUACUUUGCGUCAACCUGGCUACAUAUCAGUCGCAAGAAGCAAUUCCUUGAGAGCGGCGAUCAAUGCUCACAACACGAAGAUAGUUCGAACACGUGAAGCUCCGAUAGUUGAAGCGCAGGAAAAUGGACAUCUAAAUCAGAGUUAUGGCGAAGAUCAAAAACAUCAUCUGAACCAAUCACAGCCGCAACAGACUCUAGCUCGUUUACCUGAAGAAGAAUUUGACGAGCAAACAAACGCAAUGUUUUACCCAACACGUUCAGUAGGAGGAUACAAUGCAAACCGAAAUCAACAGGCGAAACUUGCAAACGACCCUUCAUACGGGAAGUUUGCAAUGGGCCUUGAACGACCACUAGUAUCGCAACCAGCGCCUAUGCCUCAAAGAAAAACAGUAUCACCUAACUACAUGUACCCCCAAGCGAAUUCGGAUGCAGACAGAAUCAGAUUAAACAAUAACAACAACACCAACUAUGUGAAUGGCUUCAGACCCAAAACAGCAGAACCGAAGUUCAAUGUUGGCAGUCCCACCAACAAAACAGACAGCGGGUUCUACAGUCUUAGUAACGAAAUGAACAACAUGCAGAUGAACGGAUAUCAACCGGAUUUUGAAUAUCAAAACCAUCCUGGAAAUGGAAUCCAACGCGGCAUUCCACAGUCGAUGUCCGUCAACAGAAUCCAGCAGUCACAGUUUCAAAAUAACCCGGAGCCUGAAUUUUCCAGAAGACCUCGCUCCGCGUACCAACAGCAAUCUAUGACGCCAGGGUCAGUAAGAAAGUUCCAGAAUAAUCUGCAAAACACUGGGUUUACGGCAACAGUAGAGAAUAGAAAAAACGCAGAUCGACUCAGGUCGAAUAAUCACAACAGGGCGAGAACCCAUUCAGUUCACGAAUCAGCCUUAAUGCAUUCACCGGAAUCGCCGAACGGUUUCAACAAACAGUUUCCACCUCAGCCGAGUAACUUUGAUCAUUCCAUGGUCAAUGGAUUCGCAACUCUACAACGUGGCCGAAACCCGAAUCGGGUCGUCAGUAACAUGUAUGGGAAUUCGCAACAGUUAGAAUUGCAAGUUGAUAACGAUAAUUCGCGGAAAUCGCAGUUGCGUGAGGUGCGAAAACCAAGCGAUAUCUCGGCCACUUCACCACCAGAUUACGCCGAUGCGAUCAGCCGAAGUCAGAACAUUUCGUCCAAUGGGCCGCAACUUCAAGACCAGUUAAAUGAUGAAAUGAGACUUGCAGUGUCGCAGAAAAACAUCGCAAGACACUCGCCUAGUUCAAGUUUAAAUAAUCAAGCUCCUCUAGCGCCCUUGAUUCCCUAUCAACAAAAUAUCAGUUUAAAACCAGUUGUGAAAGUUCCCCCUUACACAGACGAGCGAGUAACGAACAGUACAGUUAAGAAACCAGCAAUCUCAAGUCGCAGUAAGUCGCGAGAGUCGGCGAACCGAGGAAUGCCGACUUCAAAUCCGAGUACGGGUUAUAGUUUCGACCGAGAGUCGGAGUCAAACCGAAGUGAGACGAGUAUUCGGUUCAAUCCGAAUGUACAGGCGUUCCCGAAAUCACCCGAUCAUGUUUCAAGCAGUUCGAGUUCGAAAGGACCGCCACCUCCAGUGCCGAAGAAAAUGAGUUCUCUGUCCUCGGAUACUGAUAACACAAGUCCGAGUUUGUCAGAAAAAAUGGGUCUGUCAAAAGGAGCUUCGUUUGAUUCUCAGAACCACUUAAAGAAUGGUCUGAGAAUCAAUGGACUUAUUCAGACUCCACUAGCCCAAAUGACGACGUCAAAAUCGAGUGAGAAUUUAUCCAAUGAAGACGAAGUUGACUGUGCUGUACCUGGGCAGACCAAAGUUACAACUCCUGAUUCAAGGACGAGUUUUACGAAGGCUGCCGCCAAACCUUACUCACCCCCUCCAUAUCAAAGUGCACCUCAUACCCAAACCCAAAUUUCGAGUAAUACUGUAAAUAAUAACAAUAAUAUAACGACCAGUCAGCCCUCGGUGAAAGUCUCCACUGAUCAGUUCAGAUACUACCUCCAAAUGCAAGUGACGCCUGGCGAUCCGAGAACGUUCUUGACCCAUAUUGAUAAAAUUGAUGAAGGAUCAACAGGUGUUGUUUGUACGGCUACCGACUUAAGGUCGAACGGCCGUGUUGUUGCUGUCAAACAGAUGAACAUUGAUAAGCAACAGAGACGCGAGUUGUUAUUUAACGAAGUGAUGAUCCUCAAAGACGCGAAGCAUCCUAAUAUUGUGGAGUCUUUUGACAGUUACAUGGUUAAUGACGAACUAUGGGUAAUAAUGGAAUACUUAAACGGAGGUUCUCUGACGCAAUACGUGACGUGUGAUAGGAUUAUAAUAACAGAAGAGCAAAUCGCCUUAAUUUGCAAAAGUUGCUUAACUGCUCUAGCUUAUCUACAUUCACGAGGAAUUAUUCACAGAGACGUGAAAAGUGAUUCAAUUUUGCUGGCAAGAAACGGACAAGUAAAGUUGUCGGAUUUCGGUUUCUGUGCUGAGGUGUCCAAUGAGGUUCCGAGGCGUCGUUCGCUUGUCGGGACACCUUAUUGGAUGGCACCGGAACUCAUUUGCCGUGCACCGUAUGGCCAAGAAGUGGACAUUUGGUCGUUGGGCAUUCUCUUAAUUGAAAUGGUAGAGAGACAGCCGCCGUACUUCACAUAUCCACCAAUUCAGGCUCUGAAAUUUAUAAGAGAUCAGCCUCCGGCAAAAUUGAAGAAUCCACAGAAGAGCUCGGUUAGACUGAGGUCUUUCCUGGAUAGAUGUCUGGUGCAUAACCCGGAGCAGAGAGCCACAGCCCUGGAGUUACUGAGCCAUCCUUUCGUAUCACAGCCACUCAAUCCAGAAUGUCUCGUAGAGCUGGUUCGAAAUUUUGAGGCUGUAAAAAGGAAAUGAGUUUCAAACUAAACUUUUCUAGUCAGCUUUUGAGUAUUCAAGUUUUUCUUUCGGUUUAGUUUGUUAUCACCAACUAUUUAAAGAAAUUUUGUUCUCUUUGUUUUGUAUUCGGAAUUAUGCUCUAUGAUAAUUCGGUGAUGCUGUGACAGUUUGAGUUUCAUCGAACUGUAAAAUAAACCUGUGCACAUUGCAUUAAAUUUUAAUUUCAAUAAAUGAAUUUGAUUUCACAAUUCCGAUGAUAAAUGUCUUAAAAAUGUGCCAUUAAAAUAUAAUUUAUAGCUCCCCUGAAGAAAUUUUUGCUCGAAUUUGCUGUGAAUUCGAUUAUUUUUCUGCUGAAAUCCGUGUCUUCAUGGUAAACCUUGUACACAUUCUAGAUAUAGAGCUUACUUAAAUCGCUAGAAGCUUUUAUUUCAAUUAAUCGCUGUUGGUUGCUUUUCUUGCUUCGAUUAAGCAAAAAUCAAUUGAAUAUCUAAGUGGAAAAUAGACCCUUGACCGAAAAGUGGAUUUCAAUCAGGUUGGAUAAUCUCUUUGUUUGAAGGCCCUUUGUGUGACAAGCAUGACCUUAGAUGUAGCAAAACAAUUGAUACAAAAUUAGCUUAUGUCAAUUCGGUCAAAUUGAGUCCAACCGAGAUUAAAUAGAGCCAUAUUUGAAGUCAAGUGAUCGUACUCAAAAUUCAUGCUCAAAACGCGAUUUAGAAUUCAUCGAUUUUGAUCUCUUGAACAAGGAUCUGAAACUUGAAGGCUCUUAGUAAGCUCUGCUUUCGGUCAUUUUUUGGUUUGUUUUAACAGAAAAGUAG